UGAGCGGGUUUGGAAGGCGCUCGAGCUCACUCACUCACUCACUCACUCAUCACUCAGCCUUAUCCUUCUACUCAUCCCUCACUCACUCACUCACCCCUCUGUUUUUACUGUAGAGACCAUAGAAGUUAUCAACACAACGCCCAGAAUCUCCCAGACGCUUUUGUGACAGUCCUGCAGUGUGGAGGAAUAACAUCUCGGAUUUAUCUACAAAGCCAAAAAGGAGGAGAGACAGAGAGAGAGAGAGAGAUGGCAACGACAACCUGUACACGCUUUACCGACGAAUACCAGCUUUAUGAAGAACUCGGAAAGGGAGCUUUUUCAGUCGUGCGACGAUGUGUCAAGCUGUGCACAGGCCAAGAAUAUGCUGCCAAAAUAAUCAACACCAAAAAGCUCUCAGCCAGGGAUCACCAGAAGCUUGAACGUGAAGCUCGCAUUUGUCGUCUUCUCAAGCACCCCAACAUUGUCCGACUCCAUGACAGUAUAUCAGAAGAAGGCUUCCACUACCUCCUGUUUGACUUGGUCACCGGUGGCGAGUUGUUUGAAGACAUAGUAGCGCGAGAAUAUUACAGCGAAGCCGAUGCCAGUCAUUGCAUCCAGCAGAUCCUGGAGGCGGUGCUUCACUGCCACCAAAUGGGCGUGGUGCACCGAGAUCUCAAGCCAGAGAACCUGCUCCUGGCCAGCAAAUGCAAGAACGCAGCGGUGAAGUUAGCCGAUUUCGGUCUUGCCAUUGAAGUGCAAGGGGACCAGCAGGCCUGGUUUGGAUUCGCAGGUACACCAGGUUACCUGUCUCCAGAGGUGCUAAGGAAAGAGGCUUAUGGGAAACCUGUGGACAUUUGGGCUUGUGGUGUUAUCUUGUAUAUUCUGCUUGUUGGCUACCCUCCUUUCUGGGAUGAGGACCAGCACAAACUCUACCAGCAGAUCAAAGCCGGAGCCUAUGAUUUUCCUUCUCCAGAGUGGGACACAGUCACCCCUGAAGCCAAGAACCUCAUUAACCAGAUGCUCACCAUCAACCCAGCCAAGAGGAUCACUGCACAGGAAGCUCUUAAACACCCAUGGGUCUGCCAACGCUCGACCGUGGCCUCCAUGAUGCACAGACAAGAGACAGUAGAGUGCCUGAAGAAGUUCAACGCCAGGAGAAAACUCAAGGGAGCCAUUCUCACCACCAUGCUAGUUUCACGCAACUUCUCUGUGGGCCGGCAGACUACAGCUCCGGCCGCGGUCUCGGCGGUGGCUGCUGCUGCCGCAGCCGGCACUGCCGCCGGCCUGGUGGAACAAGCAGCCAAGAGCCUGCUCAACAAGAAGGCUGAUGUCAAGAAACGGAAAUCCAGCUCCACCGUUCAGUACAUGCCACAGUCAAACAGCACGAAAAACAGCAUAGUCACCAGUCCCAAAGGGAACAUCCCCUCUCCUGCUCUGGAGGCUCAGACCACUGUUAUCCAUAACCCAGUGGAUGGGAUCAAGGAGUCCUCAGACAGCAGCAACACCACAAUCGAGGAUGAGGAUGUUAAAGCACGCAAACAGGAGAUCAUUAAGAUCACAGAGCAGCUAAUUGAGGCUGUGAACAAUGGGGACUUCGAGGCCUACGCGAAGAUCUGCGAUCCUGGACUGACUUCGUUUGAACCCGAGGCCUUGGGCAACCUAGUAGAGGGCAUGGACUUCCAUCGAUUCUACUUUGAGAACUUGCUGUCUAAGAACAGUAAGCCCAUUCACACCACCAUCCUGAACCCUCACGUGCACCUGAUCGGCGAGGACGCCGCCUGCAUCGCCUACAUCCGCCUUACUCAGUUUGUGGAUGGCCAGGGCCGGCCGCGCAGCAGCCAGUCAGAGGAGACUCGUGUGUGGCAUCGCCGCGACUCCAAAUGGCAGAAUGUGCACUUCCACUGCUCGGGUGCUCCUGCCGCCCCACUCCAGUGAAGAGUGGGACAGCAGCGGGACGUGGUUUGACACUUGGGGAGAAGAACGAGAGGGAGGAUCAGCAGGGACGGCAGGAAGAGUCCAGCAUUGGAGAGCUCAGGAGCUUUCAGCCUUCCAGUUCUGGUCACCGCUGUCCACGCCUGCAUGCAAAACCUAAAUCUGUGUCUCCACCUACUGGACUGCUCUUCCACAAUUGCAUCGCGCCAUACUUCCCUUCCAGCUCAACCCUUUGCAAUACAUAACACAACAUUGGCAGCAGUACACACACACACACACGCGCACACAUACUACUGUUCACUUACUUUUAUGCCAAGAUUGGAGUUAUUGAUACAUACAUCAGUCCAGGAGACCGAGCACAGACACUAGGUUCAGUGUUAUAACCUGUGCAAUGCCUUUUUACCCCCACAAUCCCCUUGUCCCUGCCUCACUCUCGUCUCCAUUGGCCUUAUGACCUGUGUGCCCAGGCACUCCUCACUAUAAUAGAUCACGUGUUAACAAAGUAUUAUAUCAGCAUUAUUAUGAUUGUUGUAAUGGCUACUACUUAUUAUUAUUAUUACUAUAAUUUUAAGUAUUGAUGUUGUUCUAUUGUUUAUAUAGUCAAAAACUAAUGUACAAAUAGUCAAAUUAUUGAUGUAAAUUGAUUUGAAGAGUUAUCCUGGAAGCAAGGAUGCUUUGUUUUAUCUACUUAGAGUUUUAUUUGUCGAUUUGAGUCAAACAAAGUUUACUUCAGCAGCAUGGUGCAGGUAUAAAUGCGAUGCGUGACUAUGUACCAUGACCGUAUACAUAACACGAGAGGACGACACCGUUCAGACAGAAGCUAACCGUCUCUGUCUCACGUUCAUGCAGCUAGGUGACUAUCGUCUGUAGUCACAGUGUACGUCUUAACCGAUAUCCCUGCGUUUUUAUUUGGUCUGCUGAAAGUUGUUUAGUCGAGGUUUAUUUUGUUUUUUUUUUGAGUCCACAUUUAAAACAGUUUAUUAGAAACUAAAGUCAUGAUUGAGGAUAGAAGCAUAUCCUUACUGGAAGUUAAGGAAGAAGAGUGGUGAGUUGGGUGUGCUGUAUUUCUUGCCUAAACAGUAUGGGACAAUCAUAGAGGAAGAUUUUAUAGAGAUAGAAUUAUUAAAGCACAUUAUGGAUUUAGAUAAUCAGGUUAGCAGGUAAGAUAAAGAGAGUGUAUGAAAUUUAUAUAAAUCUAGUCAUUCGAUAUUUUUGUUUUAUUUGUCUAUAUACAGGGUAUUAAUAUUGGGGGGGGUUGCAUUUUUUAUAUUUAUUUGAGCAUAAGAGGAUUUUUUCAUCAUUCUUUUUAGAAAGUGUGUGAUGGGGCCAUAUUUUGUGGGUUCCUCACUAAUAUGAGGAUGAACAGUCUUUAUUUGACCUCUUGAAUGUGAACCUAGUUAUGAAAUCAAAUGGGAAGCUAAACCGCUUUCGCCAUAUAUUUAUAUAGUACUGUACAAAAGUCUUAGGCACCCAAUUUUUUUUUAUAAUAAAGUACAAACUUUAUUAUAGAUUUCUAUUUUAUGACUUCUACAUUAUCGAGUCGGUACAAAAACAUUUUAGAGUUCCAAACCAUUCGUUUUCCAACACAAAAUUAAAUGUGAAAAAAAAAAAGUUUGUAUCUGAGCAGCAUAUUACACAAGAGAGCACUUUUCAGAUUCAAAAAGAAAACAUAAUGAAGGCGACUGGGUUUUGGUGCAAAAUUAAGAAGCGAAUGUGACAGAAAGCGUCCAGAAGAACUGUGGCUGGUUCUGUAAGAUGCUCAGUAAAACCUACAGCUCAUUAUUUUUCCUUAUAAAAUUGCACUCACUGUACCUGAGACUACUAUUUUUUUUUUAAAGCAAAGGGUCGUCUCACACCAAAUAUUGACUUUGUUUCAUUUAUUAUGGCUGACUGCUUACUGUUUAUAGUAUUUUUUUUAAUGUUAAAACAUUUCAUUUAAUUAUUUUUUAAGCUAUUUUUGGUCGACAGCAUUUCUUUACAUGUGCCUAAGACUUUUGCACAGUACUGUAUGUAUGUGUAUGUUUGUGUGUGAGUGUGUGUGUGUGUGUGUAUAUAUAUAUAUAUAUAUAUAUAUAUAUAUAUAUAUAUAUAUAUAUAUAUAUAUAUAUAUAUAUAUAUAUAUGCAGAGGAAUGAUUCACCAUUUGUUUUCCCCUAGAUUAUGAAAGCCACUGCAUGGGUAUCAGGGAUACACCAAGUGUGGGUGUGUGGGUGCAUGAAGCUGAUUAUUUUUAAUACUGUUAUUAAGUUUAAAUAGCAUUUUUUAAGGUAUCUCCCUGUCUGAGGAGCACUUCAUUCUCAAGCUGUUAAGGAAAUUCACUGGAAGACCGCCGAUUUAUUUAUUUAAUUUUUUAUUUCAUUGAUUUCUCUUUUAUUCUUUCACAUUUUGUUCUGAAAUGCGAAUAUGGUUUUGUUGUAUGUUUCAAAACCCUACACAUCACUUCAGAGAAGACCUCUUUGUAAAUGGUGAACUGUGCAAGACCUCCACCCCCCCCAAAAACAGUCAAAGCAGCAUGUCAGCGUACUGUAAUGUAUUGUUGUUCUUCCUUUCUUUCUUCUGCGUGUUUAGUAUUGCAAGGAAUCCUCGCGAUCUAUAACAGAGUUCAAUUUUCGCUAAAUAGAUAUCUUGUAAAACUGCUAUGUAGUGCUCAUAAUAUAAUAUAGGUGGCAAUUAACUUGCAUGAACUUUGGCAUCAGGUUUUUUUUUUUGGUGAUUUUAUUUUUCAUUUGAUUCUUGGUUUCUUUUCUACUGAAUGCUGGUGAAUUAUGCUACCGCUACAGAUUUUCAGAGUUUUGUAAGUGUAUACGGUAUGACUAUUUUUUGUCUCUAAAAGAUGAUGAUUAUGAUCGAUUCUGACUAUCUCAGUAAAUAAACCGUGUCCUGAUGAUUGUAUGGCAUGCUUUUGUACAGGGUUUUGGUGUUGUCUGAGCAGUGUUGGCCGAUCAUAAUUGAAGUGCGCCAUGAGGUACGCGUUUUAGGUGUACUUUUUGCAGUAUCGGAACCUCUUCAUAUUUGUGUGCAUAUGGAUAUAGGACCUGGGAAUAAUUCAGCAUGGAUGAAAUCCAGGAGUGAAAAAGUACCAAGAAAUUAUACUUAAGCGAAAACGUCAAAAUCUUGACAAAAGUGUACUCAAGAACUAAAAAAAAAAAAAACCUUCCUCCUUUGAAAUGUACUUAAGUAUUAAUAACUAAAGCGUAAAUGUUUUAACCGAUGAAAUUAAGUAAUGUCAUGGUUUCAUAUCAGAAUUAACUUUUCUUUCUGAUCUAAAAUUAUUAUACACAAUUUUUGAUAUAAAAACGCCAUUUUGCCUGAAAACAUCAUUCAUCAUUCUAUACGUGUGCUGGUCAUAUGCACAACUAACGCUACGUACUUUGUAAUAGAAUUAAUCUGAAGUAAAAUACCAUGUAAAUAGCUAGCAUUUACCAUUAGCUAGAAUUUGACGUGCUUCCCAAUUACGUUAGCGACUAGACUCGAUGCUAGUCUAACCUGGCAUUAGGGAAGAAAACAGGCUAACUUAGUUAAAUGUAGCCAGAUAAGGUUGUAUUUUUAUACUACUCCAGCAUACUGAAACAUUUUACUGAGGUAGGGCCGGGGAGGGGUUUCAUCUUCAAGUUCAACAAUGUAGUCUGGUCUCUUUCCCAUGUUCACACAUAGCUAUAGCACUAACAGAUACUUUAUUUUUUAUCGUGUAACAUGAGAAGCUCAGAGCGGAUGACAGAUUGGCACGAUUGUUAAUUUUUUCGACAUUGACUUUUUUCUACAUUGACUUUUUUUCUACAUUGACCUUGACUUGAUGCGUUGAACUGAAAUGAUUGCUAAAGCUGAGUCCAUUCUAUUGACAUAGAGUAUUGACUAGAUGAAAGAAGAGGAGACCUCUGAGCUCGAAAUAAAGUAUAAGGAGUAAAAAGUAUGCUUUUUCUUAGAAUUAAGAGAUUAGGCGACCAAGCCAUAAUAAUAAUAAUAAUAAUAAUAAUAAUAAUAAAUGUUAAUAAUCAUACUUGAGUGUAGUAACAAAUUAAAAUUGUGGUUUUUCCACCCCAAUCACAUGCAAUGCCUAUUUGAGAAUUUCCCAUAGGUGGCAGUAUAAAAUCAUUCAUCCUAUGUACAUACAUUACAGGUAUUUAGUCAAUGCUGUUAUCCAGAACAACAUACAACAUACCUAGAGCAGCCUGGGGAGCAGUUGGGGUUUAGGUGCCUUGCUCAAGGGCACUUCAGCCAUUGCUGCUGGUCCAGGGUAUCAAACCAGCAACCUUUUGGUCCCAAAGCUACUUCGCUAACCAUUAGGCCAUGGCUAAUAUGGUAUCCCAGUAGGGUGUAAGAAAUUCACCAGCUAAUCAAAACUAUUACUUUUGGUAUUUACAAAUCUUGCAAUUUCACUCCCUGAAAAAGGCAGUCAAUUCCGAUAAAGCAGUGUUAAGAAAAGAGUCUGUUAAGGAAUGAAUGACGUAACCUCAUGGCCUAAAAGUCUGUGUGUGUGUGUGUGUGUGUUCUGAGGAGGGAAGAGUGAAUGAAACACAAGUGAAUUGGUUCUAUGUUUCACAUACAGUGCUACCUUGCUGCUCUUACAACAUCAAGCCAGUAACUAUUUGUAGUGCUUUUUCAGAAUUUCCCUUUUUUGGUUAUAGUCAACUGGUUUUUUUUUUUUUUUUUUUAAUUAUUCCUACAACACUGAGCCUUCAAAAAUUUAUCGUUCAGGUCUCGUUUUUGGAGGAUGUUGUAUAUAAUCUCUUUAAUGUAAACUGAGAUUAUGUGAAACUUAUAUGAUGAUUAUUAUUAGAAAAUUAGUUUACUAUGAGUCCCAUGUUUCUCUUGAUUCUUCUUAUGAUUCUUCUUAUCUGUUCUUCCAGUGUUUUCUCUCUAUCUCUCCCGUAUAGCUUAAAGGAAAUGUGUUAAGAU